CUGAAGUUCCAAACUGAGAGACCAGUUGUGAUCAGUCUGCACUAGACUGACCAUAACGAGGUUUGUGAUCGCCAAGUCCAACUGUCCAAAGUACGAUAGUUGCGUGACGUUCAUACAGAGUAAUUAAAGUUAGUGGUCAUAGGGCAAGCCAGGUGAAACCAGAAGUGAUCCUUUUCCGAUCGUUCAGCAGUUGCGUCCUCAAAGGUCUACAUUUACUUGAUUGCAAAGUGUUGUGUUGAUUUGUAGAUUGUGACCGGAAGUAUCAGCCAGAAUCAACAUGAAUUAGUGGUCCCCCUUUCAGUUAAACUGUAUAGUAGCUUCCACCUGCGUGGAAGAAAGCGAACGUGAGUUUGGGUUCCGAUUCGUUGAGUAAUUCUCGGGGUAUCGCUGGUUAGUGUCUGUACGGUUGCAUCAAAAUGAUUAACAAAUAUUGUCAAUUACUGUUCAGCGUUCUGUGUAUUAUUAACACGUGCAUAGUUUUAGCCGCGCAAAUAAGUGAUCAGCCACUGGCAUUAUCGUUGACGAUCAGUUCACGAACCAGAAGUUUAGAGGUCGCCUGGAGAAAUGCUCAAAUACAUGAUGGAGAUGCGGUGGUUAUCACAACAGAGGAACCACUCACUUUCCAAAAACCAAGUACCGGAGUAAUUGAAAGUGAAGUAGUUACGGAAGGUAGCGGCGGAGGCAUAGAACCAUCAUCCAAUGCUUUCGAUAAUAAUAGCCGCUUUAGAAGUGAUUGGCAAUGCAAUAAUUCCACUACGUCCAUAGUACAUCAGCUUAUCCCCAAAAACGCAAACGAAUGGAUAACGACAACUGUACCUUUUGAUUAUGCACUUUCUUCUGAGAUCACCAUAGAUACAAAGUGCUAUGGUUUCUGGGCCAGCUAUAUUGAUUCGAACGGGACAAUCCUUGCAACUAGCUGCAUCAGUGCACAUCCGAAAUGGAUGAAUGAGAUGCGGUCUCACAUUGAGAACUUCCGACUACGCGAUCUAUUCAUACCCGGAACUCAUGACUCCGGAUCAUAUCGUUAUCGCUUCAACCCAGUCAUAAAUGAGACUUUAGUAACCAAAUAUUCAUUAACGCAGGACGACGACAUCAAGGGGCAAUUAUUGCACGGAAUAAGAUACUUAGAUAUUCGGGUUGGUUAUUAUAGAUCAUCUGAAGAGUUAUUCUGGGCAAACCAUGGAAUAUCUAGGCAGCGACCGUUGAGAGAGAUCCUGGAGCAAGUUUUGGAUUUUGUUGAGGACACCAAUGAAAUUGUUUUAUUUGAUAUUCAAGAAUUCCCUGUAGGCUUUGGGCGUAAUCUGGAUAUACAUCGAAAACUAGUAAACUUCGUGAAGUCGGUUCUAGGAGAUCAUAUAGCUGAUCCACAAUUAACUUGGCAAGCGACAUUGAAAGAUAUCUGGCAGCGGAAACAGACCAUAAUAGUGAGUUAUGAUAACUACGAGGUAGUUGACGAAUAUCCAUCAAUAUUGUUCCAAGCGAUUGAACAGAGAUGGGGCAAUGUACAGAAUUUGGAUAGUCUUGAACGAUUUCUAAGAAGAAAAAACCAAUUAUUCGCAAACUUAAUUAGCCGACCUUUUGCGGAUAUGGCAGAAUUAACGCCAGAUACAUGGGGCGUUUUAACAGAUCAGUAUGGAGGACUCCGCUUGUUGGCUGACCGAGUCAAUCGAUUUGUCUCCAAAUGGUAUGAAAAUGAAUUGGGGGUGAAUGCGAAUAUUGUGGCAGUUGAUUUUUAUCGGGGAACAACAAUAGUGGAGACCGCAAUUUCAUGGAAUUUAAAGAGAAUUGUGACUUAAUAAGAUAGUUCUUAUACGAAUAAAAUUCUAUUUGCACUUGCAAA